UGCAGCAAAACACCCUUCAGCCACAGGUGAGCAGACGUCAAUACUUUCAACUGCGUUCUUCAUUUUCCAAUCGCAGGAAAUUUUGGUGAUUGUGAUACUAAACCAAAUAUUUGAACUGUUUUGUAUUUGUAAUUCUUAUUGGUGUGAGAUUGCUGACUUUGUUUCCAGAAAUCUUCGAGUAUACUAGCAGAAACUAUGUCAACGGUUUCAUCAAUGCUGAUCGUGAUUUGUGGUUGUGCAGUAGUUUGUCUCCUGUCAGAAGUUGGAUCUCUCUAUUUGCCAAAGAAGGGUCUUGCACCAUAUCACACAAGAGAAAGAGUGUUCUUAGAACCUGAGAAGAGGCCUUUCUGUAAUGCAUUCACAGGUUGCGGCAAAAAGCGAUCCAACUUGCCAGCCCUGGCGGACAAUGGAGAAGAGAUGGACGAAUCCAUAAACAGCCUGCUAGAAUUGAGCGCGGAACCUGCAGUGGAGGACCUCUCGCGGCAGAUCAUGUCGGAAGCCAAAAUCUGGGAGGCCAUCCAAGAAGCGAACGUCGAGCUGAAUCGGCGUAGACAGAACCCCAGACUACUAGAUGGCGAGCAGAACGACGCUCCCGUUCCCGCCAAGAGCGCCACGGCGAGCUGUGCCCUGCCGCCAUGUUACAUCUAAAUAUCGAUUUGGUUAUUCAAGGGAUGUUGAAACGAAUAAGUCGUAAUCAGGGGUAUUUUUCACGUACACGUCGAGAAAUACAGGAUAAUCUUUCAUAGUCGUGGCUUGCUAUAAACUUUCUUAGUUAAAUUCUACACUGAGAGUCAGAAUUAUUAUUAUUAUCGAAUUUUUCCACGUCUUUUGCUGGGGCUAUUCACACAGGUCCAAUAUAUUAUGUGAUAAUUUGAAUUUAUGAAGUUUUCCAUACAGUAAUUUAGUACCUCAAAGAUUUCAUCAUUAAAAUUACUACUUUACUUCGUGAAAUCAAUAAAACUGUUCAUAAAAAUAAUUACACUAUCCUUCAUUAUCCUUUAUUUAGCACAAAAAAGGUAAUCACAUACACUUACAUAGAGUUUGUCAGAAUAUAUAAAAUACAACACAUUCAACUUGAAUAAUUCACAGUUGAAACGAGAGUUGAAAAAAAUGCAAUAGCUAAAGUCAGUACUCAAAUAGAUACAGGUUAUUUCAAAAUAUGCCGCUUUAAAGUUGUUUCAAAGGUAUAGAGAGAGGUUGCCUCUUGAAUAGAAACAUGUAAUUCAUCAAAAGCAUUUGUAGCUUUCGUAGUCUACAUACCUUGGUAAUGAUAGUUCAUCUUAAAUGCAUUAGUUUUGAUUAUAUAGUUGGCAAGAUCUUCAAAACAUAGCUUGUUUUCUAUUAUGUCUUCUAAGUGUUUUACUUUUUCUUCAACUGCAAUUUCUUCAUUACCCACAUUCAUUUCAUAUUAAAACUCCUGUUGUAAAGUUGAACUGACAGAUCAAUCUAUUUUCUAAUGUCUUUUAUAUAACAGAAGAUAGUUACAACUCAAUUAGAAAAAAGAUUAAUUCUAGUAUAACAGGUAGAUUUUGAAUAUAGGCGAAGCAUAUGAACAUAAUUUUUCGAUGAUAUUUAGACAAUUGUGACAAUCAUCACGAUCUAGAAUUCUUCAAACAACUAAACUCUUGAGCAGAACAUAGUUUAUCCCAGUUAAAUAUUUCACAUAGUUCAUUAACAUAAGACAGCAACAGUAGAGGCCCUAAAUUAGAACCCUGAGAAACACCUGAGCCAGCAUAAAUUGACGAUUGCAGGAUAAUAGUUGCCAUGUUCCCGUUGACUACAAUUAUAUUGGUGGAGAUGGAUGUCUUUUCAAUAAAACCACGUUAAUACAUUGAAAUAUAACCCCGGACUGAUGAAAAUAUAUUCUACUCUAGCUCCAAUAAGAGCCUGCAUCAUCCUCAUGAAACGCCCUAGUUCAAAAGAUUUGACAGUAUAAAUCACAAGAGUUAAAAAAAACAAUCUAAAAUGAAAUAUGCAGUAUUUUUGUCUGUGAAUAUUUUGAAUGGUGA